AUGGAGCUGAGCAGCAAGAAGAAGUUGCACGCCCUGUCCCUGGCCGAGAAGAUCCAGGUGCUGGAACUCCUGGACGAGUCCAAGAUGUCCCAGUCGGAGGUGGCCCGGCGCUUCCAGGUGUCCCAGCCGCAGAUCUCGCGCAUCUGCAAGAACAAGGAGAAGCUGCUGGCCGACUGGUGCAGCGGCACAGCCCACCGGGAGCGCAAGCGCAGGCGGGAGUCCAAGUACAGCGGCAUCGACGAGGCGCUGCUGUGCUGGUACCGCGCGGCGCGGGCCAGGGCCUGGGACGUGACGGGGCCCAUGCUGCUGCGCAAGGCCAAGGAGCUGGCCGACAUCAUGGGCCAGGACUUUGUGCCCAGCGUCGGCUGGCUGGUCCGCUGGAAGCGCCGAAACAACGUGGGCUUUGGGGCGCGGCACGUCCCGGUGCCUCGGCGCCCGCCCGAGCGGCCGCCGGGCCCCGCACCCCAGGCCCAGCCACCCCUCUCCCUCAGAGACUUCUCUGCGGACGACGUUUUCGGCUGUGCUGAAGUGCCCUUGCUGUACCGGGCGGUGCCCGGCGGCAGUGUAGGCGCGAGCGACCGAGCGCGGGUGCUGCUGUGUGCCAACAGCUCGGGCACGGAGAAGCGGCGGGUGCUGGUCAGCGGGCUCCUCGCGGCCCCCGGGUGCCUCCUUGGGGUCCGCGGGGAGGCUCUGCCCGCCUCCUACCACCCUGACCCGGACACCCCCUGGGCAGACUGGCUGGCGCAGUUUGACCGGGACAUGGGGCGGCAGGGCCGGCAGGUCGCCUUGCUGCUGGCCGCCCGUGUGGGGGCGGAGCUGGCAGGCCUGCCCGGGCUCUGCCACGUGAGGCUCCUGCCUCUGCCCGCCGCCAGCACCACGCCCGCCCUGCCCGGCUCCGUGGUCCGGGCCUUCAAGGCCCACUACCGGCACCGGCUGCUGGGCAAGCUGGCUGCCCUCCAGAGCGAGAGGACUGGGACCUCGCUGGCCCGGGCAGGGGCGGGCAUCACGGUGCUGGACGCCCUGCACUUGGCAGCGGCGGCCUGGGCCAAGGUGCCCGCCCAGCUCAUCCUCAGCAGCUUUGUUCAGGAGGGGCUGGCUCCCUGCCAGGCACCCCUGGCCCCGGGCAAGGUCACGGAGAUGCCACCUGUCCCCACUGGGCUGAGCCGUGAGGAGUUUGGCCGCUUUGUGGACCUGGAGGGGGAGGCUCCCGGGCUUGCAGCGUGCAAAGAGGAGCUGGGCACGGAGGAGGAGGGGCGCGGGGAGGGCGCCUCCGAGCCCCUGCCCACCAAAGCGGACGCCCUGCUGGCCCUGGGCACACUGAGGAGGUGGUUCGAGUGCAAUGGCGCCUCCGCCGAGCUCUUUGAGAAAUUCUACGCCUGUGAGGAGGAGGUGGAGCGGCUGUGCGGCCUGUGAGCCCCUGCCCGCCCUUCUGUUUCCCAUGGAAACGCCCUCUCCAGGGCUGCUGGGGGCCGUCUCUUUCCCGUGGAAAUGGAGCUUCUAUGGAAGAUGCAGAAGAGACAAGCCGGAGGCCAAGCGCGAGCGCUGAGCGGAAGGGGUCCAGCCCCCCCAAAGCACGGGCGCCGGGGGAGCAGGGCUGCCUGUGGCUUCUGAACCCCUCCGGCGGCCGCGACUUGGGAAAGGGGACUUGCGUUUUACCGACAGGCCGACCCCUUGAGUUCUGUAAGAACACUUCUGCUUCUGGAAAUA